AGCAGAACAUCCAGAGCUGCCAACUUGUUGAAGUAGAAAUUCUCAUCCAAAUUGAGGUUAGUGAUUGCUGUCUGAAGUCCAGAAGCUGUUUUCGGUUAUAGGAAAUGAUGGCAGAGACAUUGUGUACAAAAAACCGUUAAGAUCAGCUUAAAGAAAACACAAAAUAGCGGAAUUGAUCAGAAGCCUGUAAGAUGGCUGCUAUCCACUUAGAGAAGUCAGGAAAGGAAAAAGAUAUUUGUGACUUGUUCUCAGCUAUUGAUUGACCAGUGUAAGCCACAGAUAAACAGGUUUUAAAUCCAUAUAAUUGAUAUAAUAUGCAAUAGUUCAAAAAUAUGUUUUACAAUUGUUUUUGGGGUCAAGUGACGUGUUCCCCUGUGGAUCCUAGAUAUUACUUAGCCCACACUGGUAGGUUUAGUGGAGGAAGAAGAAGCAACUUCAGAGAUUCCUGGAUGUUUAGAAACCCCCAUGUAGCUUAACCCUGGGCCUGACGUCCAUAUUUCCUCUGACGGUGGUGUCAUAGAUUGUCGCACUGUGUUGACAUAACAAGUAGAAAGUCCUAGAAAGUCUGAGCCACAUAAAACACAGGCAAGCCUUUCUGGAGUACCUGAACAGUCACUCCAAGAUCUCUCGCUUUCCAUUACUUGAUGUAUCGCAAACUGAAUAUCAAACCAAAUUUUUUCUUGUAACUGAUUCAAACCAAUGUGUCUGGCUGAACUCAGUCCUUUGUUGUAACCAAAGGGGAACUAGUUAUGUCCGGGCCCACUAUUUGGAACACACUGUGUUAGGGUUCAGCUCUGUACAGUGAAAUUAAUCAUCCAAAACGCAUCUAGAUAUUAUCUAGCAUGAAUAUUUGGGAAUCUACCCUUGCCGUUUUGUAAAUGCCAAUUGAUACCAAAAUAUAACUACAUUAUCUUGAUAUAAUGUUGAACACGAUCCAGGAGUGCAAAACCAUGAUAAAGCAAUGUGAAGUGGAAGGAUGGAAACUAAUUGUGCGGUCCUUCUGAAUCUCUGCUUUUGGUUACAUAGUGAUCGGCAUGACAAUCCAGGUCAGUAGCUGGUUUUAUUAUGUUCUGAGUGUUGACGCGUGGGAGUAUCAAGAUUGAGGAUUCAUACGGUGUCUAUGAUUGCAUAGUUGUAUUAUUACUGUGAUGCAAUUUUAACUUUGCUAUUUUCCCAGGACAGUGAACAUUGAGUCCUCAAAAAUAUUUUGAUAUCAAAUUGCAGACAGACAUACAGUGCCUUGCGAAAGUAUUCGGCCCCCUUGAACUUUGCGACCUUUUGCCACAUUUCAGGCUUCAAACAUAAAGAUAUAAAACUGUAUUUUUUUGUUAAGAAUCAACAACAAGUGGGACACAAUCAUGAAGUGGAACGACAUUUAUUGGAUAUUUCUAAAAAUUUUAACAAAUCAAAAACUGAAAAAUUGGGCGUGCAAAAUUAUUCAUCCCCUUUACUUUCAGUGCAGCAAACUCACUCCAGAAGUUCAGUGAGGAUCUCUGAAUGAUCCAAUGUUGACCUAAAUGACUAAUGAUGAUAAAUACAAUCCACCUGUGUGUAAUCAAGUCUCCGUAUAAAUGCACCUGCAAUGUGAUGGUCUCAGAGGUCCGUUAAAAGCGCAGAGAGCAUCAUGAAGAACAAGGAACACACCAGGCAGGUCCGAGAUACUGUUGUGAAGAAGUUUAAAGCCGGAUUUGGACACAAAAAGAUUUCCCAAGCUUUAAACAUCCCAAGGAGCACUGUGCAAGCGAUAAUAUUGAAAUGGAAGGAGUACCAGACCACUGCAAAUCUACCAAGACCUGGCCGUCCCUCUAAACUUUCAGCUCAUACAAGGAGAAGACUGAUCAGAGAUGGAGCAAAGUUAUCUGGCCCAAAUAUGGACCACACAAUGGACUUGAAAUUCCCAAAAUAAGACAAUAACUUUUCCAUAUAAGUCAGCAGUAACUAUGUGCACUACGUUUCAUGCUGUGUGGUUACUUAGUGCUUACUAAGCACAGGAUGAAAAUCAAUUGCAGCAUCGCAGGAAGUGAACCAAGUGACGAAUUCACACGCUCACUAGGCCACUACAGUAUAAAACUAACAGCAUCACCUCAGACAACCAGACCAGGACCUCAACACGGCAACAUCAUGGUAUCUACUUUAAGCUUCCAGUCUUUGACGGUGCUGUGUAUAAAGGGGGUUUUGGUGAUGAUGAUGGGGGAAGAGGCGGCCCCCCGUGCCCAUCCAGAGAAGACAGAGAGCCACACACGGACCACACUGCAGACACACAAGAAGCCUGCAGAGUCAGAGUCUUCAGGUCCCGACACAGUAAUUCUCCCCCUGCACCUAGACCCAAAUGACUUGGUUCCUUUCCAUUCCAUCAGACCUAUUUGCAACCAUUCAAUCUCCCCAUGGACUUACAACACUACCUAUGAUGAUAGACGCUUUCCCCCCAUCAUCUCGGAGGUCAGGUGCUCUCUGAAGGGAUGUCUGAACAUCAAGGGUAAGGAGGACAGGAACCUGAAGUCCAAACCCAUCUUCUACCAGAUCCUGGUCCUGAGGAAGGUGAUGGGAAGUGGGAAGAAAUGCCACUACCGGCUGGAGUCAAAGGUCAUCUCGGUGGGCUGCACCUGUGUCAGGCCUACCAUCGAACAGUAAUGAUAUUAGAGUGACGAGGUCCAGCCUGGUGGCACAGCUGGUUGGGCCAUGGUGCUGGCAAUAUCAAUGUUGAAGGCUCAACUCCCUACAUGCGUAGAAUGUAUUGAAAGUAUUUGUGUGUUGGUUUUAUGUAGCUUUGGCUGUGUCAUUAAAAGAUUGAUUUGAAUAAUCAAAUAUGGAUAUAUUUUCUAUUGAGCUUUAAAUCACACAAUUGAUUAUGUAUUGUUUAUUAUGGGGUUAUUUCAUGUAUUGGAUAAUAUUUUCAUUUGAUUUAAAUAAAUUCACAAUCAAU